AUGUCUUCGUCCUUGCAAAUUCGCGGCGGACCAUAUGCAUCUACCACCGCGGGGAUGGGAGGUCUUCCGACCAUAGUACCCGACAUUCCAAUAUGCGCGGUCUUCCUCGUCUUGUAUAUAGCAUUCGCCGCUACAAACAUGACCAUCUUCCAGAAAAACCGACGACGGGGGCACAAAUUCGUGAUGUCUGCGAUGCUAUUCGGGUUCUGCAUGGCAAGAAUCACCACCCUUGUCCUGCGCAUAGCCUGGGCCAAUCGACAACGCAAUGUCCGACUCGCUAUUGCCGCUAAUAUCUUUGUCAAUGCGGGGGUUCUCCUGGUGUACAUCAUCAACUUUAUUCUCGCUCAGCGUAUUCUCCGCAGCAAGCAGCCUCACCUCGGCUGGCACCCAAUCCUGCGCCAAGGCUCCAAGCUUCUUUACUCCUUAAUCCUCGGGGCAUUGGUAAUGGUAAUCACAUCUACAGUGCUAUCCUUAUACACGCUGGAUAUGCAUACACGGUCUCAAUGUCGCGACGUUCAACUGGCAGCUAUCACCUAUCUCCUCGUCUUUACCUGUCUUCCCCUUGCACAGGUCCUUAUCGCAUUUACCCUACCGAGAAGACCACAGGAGGAAUCAUUUGGGCAAGGCGGGAUGACCAGCAAAACUGCGAUUGUCGUUCUCUCAUCGUGCUUAUGUAUUCUCAUCGCCGGGUUCAAGGCUGGCGUCAAUUGGUCCCCUCCCCGACCUGUAACCAACCCGGCCUGGUAUGACUCCAAGGCAUGCUUCUACGUGUUCAACUUCGUGUUGGAGAUCAUGAUUCUCAGUCUUUUGACCUUUACCCGCUUUGACAGGCGCUUCCAUAUUCCGGACGGAUCUACGCGGCCUGGCGACUAUAGCUGUCGGGCAUUACAGCCGGAUAAAGACAGUGACCAAUCUCAGUUGAGGGAACGGAAGGGGUCUGCAUCAGUACAGACCUGA